UCAUUUCGUUUCAAACAUCACCGGUCAACUUUCUCAAAUUUAUCUUCCGUUCUUCUUCAGCUCUCCUCUUCCCUUUAAAUCCCCCCCUAAAAAAAUUAAAAAUUUAGGGUUUUCAGAUUCACAAAGAUGCUGAAAUUAAUCUCGAUUCUGUUGCUAUUAAUCUCGAUUUCAUCAAUUUCAGUCGAAUCAAGGUGCAGCAGAGGCUGUGACUUGGCUUUAGCAUCGUACUACGUUUGGCAGGGAUCAAACUUGACCUUCAUAUCUCAGAUUCUUAACUCAAGCCUCGUACCGUACUCAACUACUAAUUUCGAUUCGAUCCUUGCUUAUAACCCACAAGUUGCGAACAAAGACAGUGUCGAAGCUUUUAGCAGGCUUAACAUCCCUUUCCCUUGUGAUUGCAUCAAUAACGAUUUCCUUGGCCAUGUUUUCACCUACUCGGUUCAACCGGGCGAUACUUACGAUAAAAUCGCUGGUUAUUAUUCCGAUUUGACGACGGUUGCUUGGUUGCGGCCGUUUAAUAGCUAUCCUGAGACCAAUAUACCCGAUAGUGGGGUGGUUAAUGUGGUGGUCAAUUGUUCGUGUGGAGAUUCUGCUAUUUCCAAGGAUUACGGUUUGUUUGUUACGUAUCCGCUCCGGGAAAAUGAGACUUUGGAUACUGUGUUGACUCAGGCGAAUUUGUCAUCGGAUUUAUCGGGGUUGGUGCGGCUUUACAACCCGGGGGCAAAUUUCAGCUCAGGGUCUGGCUUGGUGUAUAUUCCGGGACGAGAUGCUGAAAAUAGUUUUCGUCCCCUCAAAUCAAGCAAAGGAAUUUCAGGUGGAGUUAUCGCCGGGAUAGCUAUAGCAGCCGUAGUGGUAUCACUAUUGCUGGCAUUUGGUAUUUAUGCUAAAUUUUUCCGAAAGAAGUCAAAGACAACAUCAUUGCUUUCGACGGUUUCCCAUGACGUAUCGGCUGAAGCUGGGAAUGUUUUUGGAAGCAAAGCAGCAGAAUCAACUGGAACUGUUGCUGCUUCUCCCGGCCUUACCGGCAUUACUGUAGACAAAUCAGUUGAGUUCUCAUAUGAAGAACUUGCCCAAGCGACUGAUUAUUUCAGUAUGGCUAACAAGAUUGGUGAAGGUGGCUUCGGGGCUGUUUACUAUGCAAAUUUGAGAGGCGAGGAAGCUGCAAUCAAGAAGAUGGAUAUGCAGGCAUCCAAAGAAUUUCUGGCUGAAUUGAAGGUUUUGACACGUGUUCAUCACCUGAACCUGGUGCGUUUAAUUGGAUACUGUGUUGAAGGCUCUCUUUUCCUAGUUUACGAAUACAUCGAGAAUGGCAAUCUAAGCCAGCAUUUGCGAGGAUCAAGCAGGGAGCCACUUCCUUGGUCUACUCGCGUGCAAAUUGCCCUUGACUCAGCCAGAGGUCUUGAAUAUAUCCAUGAGCAUACGGUCCCUGUUUACAUUCACCGUGACAUUAAAUCAGCUAAUAUAUUGAUAGACAAAAAGUUCCGUGCGAAGGUUGCCGAUUUUGGAUUAACGAAACUGACAGAAGUCGGAAGUGCAUCACUACCCACACGUCUUGUUGGGACAUUUGGAUACAUGCCACCAGAAUAUGCGCAAUAUGGUGAUGUUUCUCCUAAAAUAGAUGUAUAUGCCUUUGGGGUCGUGCUCUAUGAGCUUAUUUCCGCUAAAGAAGCUAUUGUCAAGGCAAAUGGUUCUCUCGCUGAAUCAAAAGGUCUUGUUGCCCUGUUUGACGAUGCUCUUGAUGAGCCUGAUCCUAAAGAAGGCCUUUGCAGACUUAUUGAUGCAAGGCUCGGAGAUAAUUACCCACUAGACGCUGUAUUCAAGAUGGCUCAGCUUGCGAAAGCAUGCACAAAAGAAAAUCCUCAGCUACGACCGAGUAUGAGAUCCAUAGUAGUUGCUUUAAUGACCCUUUCAUCGUCAACAGAGGAUUGGGAUGUUGGUUCUUUCUAUGAAAAUCAAGCUGUCGUCAACCUUAUGUCCGGAAGAUAAGGAACAAGGCGUUGGAAAGGCCUUUUCCUUCCACACCACCAUUAUUUUGUACCUAUGUCAAAUGAAUUUCUUUUUCUUUCUUUUUUUCUCUUAAAGAAAAAAAAAACAAAAAACAAAAACAACAACUCAUUUAAGACCCAUUUUUUUGCUAUAUGUUCUUGAUUUGUCAUGUGAGAAUAAGAUCAAUGUACAUGUUCAUUAGAGCUAGGUUAAAAA